AUGGCGGCCGCCGCUGGCGGAGAGGGCGGGGGCAAGGAGGGGGGGAGCAACGGCGCGAGCGCCGGCGGCCGUCGUUCGUCGAGCUCGGGGAUUCGUCGCAUGUCGCUAUCGCUCGAUAACCUCCCCGAGCUGGACGCCCCCGCAUUGCCGCACCUCCUCCGCCCGUACGUUCCCCGCAGUCAGAGCAUGUGCGAUCGGCGCGACGGUUCUUCGGCGGCGGCGCCGGCAGACGACAAGUCGUCCACGCGCGGCGCCGGCAGGGGCGGCAGCGGCGGCGGAGGCGUGUGGGACCGCAUUCGCCGUCGACGCGCGUCGUUCUCUGUGGGCAGCCCGUCCGGCGAGUCGGGGCUUGAGAGGCCGCAUCGCGCGCCGUGGUCGGCGGUGGCGGAGGAGGAAGAGGAAGAGGUAGGCGCCGCGCCGGUGCCAGUAGCAGCUGCGGGGGACGACAAGGGCUGGUUGCGCGAUCUCGUGGGCGCGGGGAGGAACUGGCGAGGCAUCCGCAUCGGCGGGGGCAAGGACCGACAAAUCUCCGCCGCGCCGGCGGAAAACGUCAGUGAGCGGGGCUGGUUGCGCGGAAAGCUGGGCCCGGCGAACGGGCGACGCGCGUCGCUAUCUCUGGGGAACUUGCGGGAGAUGCGGGAGAUUAAGGAAGGAGGAAAGGGGGACAGGGGUGACUCGUCCAGCGUCGACGGCGUAAAGGAAGAAACGGGAGGUGAAUGUAGGGAAAUUAGUAGCAGCUUCAAUCAGAGAGAUCCGUGGAAUGCGGACUACACACACAAGUCAAAGAUACCAGCGUCUUUAACUCACAUUCCUCUCUCCUCGCACGUCUGGAGUGCGGAGGAGGAUCAGACAGACGACGGCGCCUGCGCCACUCCCGGUAUCAUCGCUUCGCAAGCGCGGCGCCUGGUCACUCCGCGCACCCCGCUUGCUCCCGCGGACCCCACACAGCACGCGUGGGGUUCGGCGGACGGGUUGACGGCGGAGCGGAACGGCGCGGAUCCGCGGGGUUGGCGAGGCGGAACCGUUGAAAUUGGGCAAGCCCCGGGGUUCGGGCGCGGACGCGCCGCGUUCCCUAGGAACGCGAGCGUGGAUUGCGGGCGACACAUGGGCGAGGGGCAAGGGGAGGGCUUGGCACACGCGUGUCUCUUUCCGGGAGGGGGCCGAGUCGCGGAUAGGCCUGAAGAAACGAGCAUGGAGGGUGGCAGUAGGCAGGACUCGCCUGUGCAGGACGGCAGGCAGCACACAGAGAAGGCGCAGCAAGAGCAGCUGUACCUGCAGUUUGACAGGUACAUGCCUUACGGUCUGCAGCUAAGGCAGCAGCAGCAGCAGCAGCAGCAGCAGCAGCGGCAGCAGGUAUCCCUUCCCCAGGUGCCGCCCUCCAGCCAUGCGCUGUCAGAGUCCCCGAGAGCAGUGGGGAGGCAUGGGGUGGACCCACUCAACCCAGACAUCAUGCGAUGA